GUCCAGAGCCGCUUUCUCCCCUCCUCCAGCCUCUUCUUCAUUGUUUCUCACUCCUCAAAAACUUUCGCCCAACACACCCGCGCGCGCCCACACACACACACACAGAGUCAAAAAACUAAUCACUGCCUCAUAUUUAACCGAAAUCCCCCAAUUCCCAAUUCCCUUCUUCAUGUUCUGAUUCAUUUGAGGAGUUCAAUUUUGAUUUGUCAGUAAUGGACUUGGGUCUUCCUCUCACCACAGCCUCGGCCACCAACAACCCCACCUACAUUCGGUUCUUUUUACCUUCUUAUUGUACACCCACAAGAAGUAUUAGAACCAGUAACGUAUCUUUCCCUUUGAGAAAACCCAGUAAACUUCUAGUUCGUGCCUUGAAUGAUGAUCCCCAGCUUGACCAGAACGAGCAGAUGGACUUCGAAUUCGGCCGGUUAUUGGGCGAAGACCCCAACCUCACCCUUGCCAAGAUAAUGGCUAAGAGAUUAAACCCUGAUGUUUCUUAUCUAGAAGUCGAGAAAUCUUUUAACAAGAGAAAGGGUAAACCAGUAGUUAUUGAAGAGCUUCCCUUUGAUGUAGAAAGGAAAUCGACAAGUUCACUGAAUGGAUUGAAUUUGGUCAGGCCAGUGCCGAGAAAAGGAGUCAAGUUUGAAGCUGAUAAUAAGCCAAUAAAAACCGAUGUUAGGAAUGGAAGUCAACUAAUGAGGAAGCCAAUAGAUAAUGUGAGGGAUCCUCUUCCUAAUGUUAUUUUGCGAAAGCCAACCGUGCUCAAUGAAAAUUAUAGUGGACCUCACACAUCAUCACAGUCAAGAAUUAAACCAAAUCCAUUAUUGGAAAAUUGGAAGAUCCAAGCAGAAAGGAUGGGAGGAGAUAAUACGAGGGGUAGUCUUCCGAAUGUUGUUUUGCGGAAGCCAACCACCCUCAAUAAGGAUGAUAUUGUCCCUCAGACAUCAUCACAGUCGAGAAUUAAACCAAAUCCAUUAUCGGAAAUGGAGAAUAGCCAACCAGAAAGGACGGGAGAAGAUAGCAUGCAGGGUAGUCUUCCUAGUGUUGUUUUGCGGAAGCCAACCACGCUCAAUAAGGAUGAUAUUGGACCUCAAAAAUUGUCACAGUCGAGUAUUAAACCAAGUUCAUUAUUGGAAAUGGAGAAUAGCCAACCGGAAAGGACGGGAGUAGAUAGUAUGCAGGGUAAUCUUCCUAACGUUGUUUUGCGGAAGCCAACCACUCUCAAUGAGGAUGAUAUUGAACCUCAAAAAUCAUCACAGUUGAGAAUUAAACCAAAUUCAUCAUUGGAAGUGGGGAAUAGCCAACCAGUAAGGACAGGAGUGGAUAAUACGAGUGGUAGUUUUCCUAACGUUGUUUUGCGGAAGCCAAGCACAAUCAAUGAGGAUGAUAUUGAGCUGAGAAUUGAACAAAAUUUAUCAUUAGAAAUGGGGAACAAAGAGACACAGGACAGCUUUAGUGAUAUCACAUUGUUAAAAAUGCCUGAUCAGAUGAGUGGGAACUUGAAUACUGAUAAGAAGCAAGAAUCCGAUGCUGAAGCAAAAUUCAAAGGCGUUGAUACCUUUGAAGAUGAUAGCCAGAAAAAAGCUUCUAUAGCGACUGAAGCAGCUAACAUGAUCAGACUCUUAAGCCAGCCUAAACAAACGGGAUUUGGUAAAUAUCUGAGUGAGAAGCUAGAAUCUUCUAAUGAUAAUAAACGGUCAAACUCUGGUGAUGAUUUCAAAGUGAAAAACUUGAAAGUUGUCAACUUAUCUGCUGGAAAGGUCAAUACAGGCAAAAACAAUUAUGCUGAAUCUUUGGAGUGUGAAAAUGAUUCACUCCCAAGGGAAGUUGUCAACUUAUCUGCUGGAAAGGUCAAUACAGGCAAAAGCAAUUAUGCUGAAUCUUUGGAGUGUGGAAAUAAUUCACUCCCAAGGGAUUUUGGGCUUGAGGAUUUCUCAACCACAGGAUUACAGCUGCUUGAGCAAAGUGUGAUGGGUUCUUCAGAGAAAAUAAGUGCUUCAGAGACGUACUUGGUGGAUUCAAAUAUGAAGGGUUUUGUGGAUGCUGCUCUGCAAGGAAAACCUAAAAGAUUAGACCAAGGUGUAAAAGCAACAUCAAAUCUGAGUAAAAGGGCAGUAACCAGGUCAAAUCCUGAAAGUUAUGGCAAUGUUUGUGAGCUUGAGAAUUUCCUUGCAACAUCAACUAUAAAGGAACACGAAGAUGUUGAUUGGAAAAGGAUGGAGGAUCUGACAAAGACAGGACAAAGAGAAAAAGUGGAAGUGAUUAGUUAUAGCACCAGAGGCUUUGUCGUGAGUACACUUUAUGUAUCUUUUGGCUCUUUGAUAGGAUUUUUACCAUACCGAGAUGUUGCCUAUAGGUGGAAGUUCUUAGCUUUUAAGUCAUGGCUCAGACGGAAUGGCAUUGACCCCUCUAAGUACAAAGGCAAUCUCAGAGUCAUAGGAAAGUAUGGGAUAGCAGACGAGACAUCUCUUGAUUCAAGCCUAGGCCUAGAGAUUGGUCAAAAUGUUGAUGUUGACAUUUCACCUGAUAUGGCAGUGGAAGAUCUUCUGAGGAUUUAUAACCACGAGAAACUCAGGCACUUGUCAUUCUUUGUUGGCCAGAAAAUGCCAGUUCAUGUGGUAUUAGCCGAUAGAAACACUCGAAGGUUAAUAUUUUCCAGCAAGCCAAAGGAGGCAGAGGAAUAUAUAGAGAAAAAAAGAAAUCUCAUGGCUAAACUCAGCAUCGGAGAUGUAGUUAACUGCCGCAUAACAAAAUUUAACUACACUGGUGUUUUCGUUGAGGUGGAAGGAGUACCUGCACUUAUUCACGAGACAGAAGUAUCAUGGGAUGCAACUUUGGACCCUGGAUCAUAUUUCAAAAUUGGCCAGAUCAUCAAGGCAAAAGUUCACCAGUUGGAUUUUUCAACGGACCGUAUUCAUUUAUCGUUAAAGGAAAUGCAGGCAGAUCAAUCAAGUGAGGCCAGGGAUGCUAUAAUUGGCGAGCGUGAUUCUUUGGAUGGGAGAUCAGAAGCAGUCCAAGCAAAUACUGAGUGGACUGAAGUGGAAUCACUAAUCAAGGAAUUGCAGCAGUUUGAAGGUAUCCAGUCUGUAUCUAAAGGACGUUUUUCCUUGAGCCCUGCACUUGCUCCUACCUUUCAGGUUUAUAUGGCGUCCAUGAUUGAGAAUGAAUACAAGCUGCUUGCAAGAUCAGGAAACAAAGUGCAAGAGCUGAUAAUUCAAACCACCUUGGGAAAAGAAGAAGUGAAAUCCGCGAUUCUAACUUGCACCGAACGAGUUGAAUGACUUGUCUACUGCUGGGAUUUUGUAUGUGCCUCCGCCAUCCUCCCAAGUGAAAGAGUGUGACUAUGAUCCUUGUUGCUGUUUUGAGGCUUGAGUCCUGAUACAAAUGGGCGUUUGCUGUAUAAAAAAAAACCGGGUCGUAGUUCUUAUUUUACACAAUUUCUUGUAUAUUUUUUUGUUCAUAUGGAGAAGUGCCUGCUAGAAAAUGUGCCUGACAUUAUUCUACUAAUGUCAAUCAAUAGGCUAUCUUCUUCUUUUUUGGCUUUAUUUUCUUCAUGCUCGAGAUGCUUCUCUGGAUCUACUUCUUUUUGUAAGAUCAUCAGGUGCAAUUUUUUUAAUUUUUUUUCCCCCAA